AGCAGGAUUUAUGUGCGUGUUUGUGUAUCUGCUGAUCAGUCAGCGGUGUGUAUGGGUGUGAAUGCGAGAGCGAGAGUGUGUGCGUGUCUGAAUGCGAGCGAGCGAGUGAGUUUUGGUGUCAUUUUAUUUUAUUUUUUAAAGAAUAUCGACGAGUUAAAACUGCUAGAGCAAUGGCAGGCUUCCGGAGGAGAACACGUUAAGCCAACCUUACGCCACGAACUCUGAUGAAGUGGAAAAGAAGUAGUUUGCUGCGUAGAGCUCAUGAAAACAGGACGCAUCUACGCAGUUUAACAUCUUUGUCGACACCGGCUAAUCUGAAGUUCAGGUUGCUUUUUUUAAAUUACCUUGUCGUAAAGCAGUCGGGUUUUAAGUCCAAUAUGCCUUCUGUAGGUCGCUCAGGUUAGCCAAUGAACUAGUAAUCGUCAUUGCAAAGACAUAAAAGUAGCUCAUUAUUGGUGAUUCAACCAUAAGCUACUUGGUCUAAAAUGCUAAAGACACUGACGAAAAAGCUGAGAAGACAUUCACUCAAUGAGAUCCAUCCUUUCCAGCUGAAGAUUUCCUAUCAUGGCAGUGGAGAGGGAGGGGAGAGUGAUGACUCAGAAGGCGAGAACCAGGAACUGGCACAGAUCGACAGAGAGAGACGGAGAAAUUGCGCCCUCACCCCCUUGGCCACCAGUCAGCAGCACAACCAGGGUCCCGUCUCUCCAGCCCGGUUACGGCGCCUCCGCCUUCUCCUGGACGCCAAUCUGGACCGCCACUCGUCAGAGGAAGAGCUGGAGCGGAUCAGCUGUGGCGACAACAGGAAGUGGGCGUCCGCCUUCCCCCAGCGCCACGGCGACCAUCACAGCAGCGCCUCCAGCGACGAAGAGGUGCGGGAUCUCUGCGGCUGCCGGUCGCCACCCGCCUCUGCCAGACCCCUGGUUGAGCCCGGCGCCGCUUGCCUGGCAGCGUCUCCCAGCCCCGUCCUGUUCAGCUCCAGCCCACCGCGCAACCUGAAGCCGCCCCCGAUGAGGUUUCAGCUUCAGGUGGCUCAGCCAGUCGCACGGCCCAUCAUUCUGACCCACUUCGACCAAUCAGCACCUUAUAGAAAGUAUCGGCACAGCUACAGCGGGGAGCCUGGGAGACCCAGUCUGGACCUGGAAAAAAUGCAACAGAAAAUGCUGCUGAAGAAGAACUGCGGGGGCAAAACGCGGACGAUGAAGAUUCGGAAUCUGACCGGCAGUCGACCUCCGCCCAGGUACACCUAUGACCCCUCCAUCUUCGCCUUCCGGUCCCUGAGCACAGCGCCCCCCUGUAGAUCCUUGACACCAUCUGAGGACCCUCCAUGCUCCUAAGCAGACACCAUCACCCCCGAUCAGACUCCGGACCGCACCUCUUCACCUUUUUUUUUUUUUUUUUUUUUUAAAGCCUGCGGCGUAUGCGGCACGUGAAGGACUGAGAUUUGGAAAGGUGUUGUUUAAAGGUUGAACUGUUGCACUCUCAGGUAAUCCCUCCCCGUCACUUUUGAUCGCUGCUGGAACCAGGAUACACCCUAGCAGAACUAUGUUGUAUGUAUAGCUGUAAUUGAGGGGGGGUCAUUAAAUAAACACGGCCCAAGAAGGGGUUAACCCUGUGGAAGCCUGUUCGGAUCACACUGAAGGAAACAAUGCAUGUUAGACAAUCAAGUGGUUCCAGGGUUUCUUCCUUCGUAACUUCCUAUCUAAACUAAAAGGUGACUCAUCUAUCUGGUUACUGUUAAACUGAGAUGGUGGUCGCCUUUGUCUUUCUGAAACUACUUCUCUGGAUGUGUUGCUGCAAACACAGUACUGUAAAGUCGAGCUAUAACAAACAUGUAUGACUGUAGUUGAGUAGUCGACUUUUGAUGACUCGUCACUCGUCGGAGUUACUCGUACUCUCUUUUCUUGCAUGAAUCUCCGAACUCUGCAGAAACUGAGAUCUGUGGAAACAUUUAUGACUGUAGGGUUGCUGCGCAUUUUGGCUAAUCUGUCGUCCUGGCUAGCCUACUCGUAGUGUGCCAUUUCAGUUUUUUUUUUGUUUUUUUCGGUAAUGUACCUCGAUUACAUUCUAGGUAGAAGAGGACCACUGGUCUAACUAUCUAAAGAUCUCUUAAUGCCUUGAAAUUACAUUCCUGCUAUAUUAAAGUCUGAGGUACUUCCCAUCCCCUGAAACGAGCUCAAACACAAUGUCACCGCUGUAACUAAGACCUCGCCGAACUGAAUGUAACAUUGUGACAUGUUUUCGUCCAUUGUUGCACAAAAAAAAAAAAAAAAAACUAUUCAAUAAAUGCUCUGUGGCCUCUUG